GUGAGGAUGGGAUUGCUGCCAUUGAUGCUGUCAGUGUUGAAAAAACAGGAACACACACAGGCCGGCUGGGCGGGCGUGGCUAAAGGUGACAUAUGAAAUAUGAAUUGUGAUCCACCCCGGGGAAGGAUCACUCCACAAGAAGAAGAACAGACAUGCGCUGGAAAAGUGAGGCCAAAGUUCAACGCUGCUACCAGGCGAGUGAGGUGGAGGUUGCCGAUGAAGACAUCGGGUCGAGCCUGCAAACGAUGUCGGCUGAGCCUCUUUUGACUACCAGCGUGUGUGCCAGCUGCAAUCAAGAAAUCAUCGAUAAAUAUUUAUUGAAGGUGAGCGACCUGUCGUGGCACGUGCGCUGCCUCUGCUGCAGCGUUUGCCGGGCUGCGCUAGGAGGCCACACCAGUUGCUACAUUAAGGACAAGGAGGUCUUCUGCAAAAUGGAUUACUUCAGAAGGUUCGGGACAUGGUGUGCGUGCUGCGGCCGCCACAUCCACGCUACCGACUGGGUGCGUCGCGCCAAGGGCAACGCGUACCACUUGGCGUGCUUUGCCUGCUUUUCGUGCAAGAGGCAGCUGUCUACCGGAGAAGAGUUCGCCCUGGUAGACGAAAAGGUGCUCUGCAGGGUCCACUACGACUGCGUGCUGGACAAGCUCAAGAGGGCGGCAGACAAAGACAGCAGUGUAAAUAUGGAGGGCGCGGUGCCCACCGAACAGGAAAUGAACCAGCCCAAACCCUCCAAAAGAGCCAGGACCAGCUUCACUGCUGACCAGUUGCAGGUGAUGCAGGCGCAGUUUGCACAAGACAACAACCCAGAUGCUCAAACACUGCAGAAACUCGCCGAGCAGACGGGCCUCAGUCGAAGAGUCAUUCAGGUUUGGUUCCAAAACUGCCGCGCCCGCCACAAGAAACAUGUGAGCCCCAAUCACACGUCGGGUGUAACCCUGACCUCCUUGCAGCCCGCCCGUCUGGCCCCGCCCACUCCCACCCUCGAGGAGUUGCAGUACACCACCUACGGGGGUUCGGAAGGCUCCAUGUUGUCCGCGCUGCAUUCCUUCAUCGAUAGUGAGCACCAGGCUUUUUAUGAACUUCUUUACGAGUGACUAGUACGCUAUUUUUCAACUAAAGCAGUAUUUUAGCGCACUGGCUGCAAUUGACGGCGCUAAACAUCCAUUUCUUUUUCUUUUUUUCGUUCAUUCGCCACUCCCCGUCAAAAUGAAUUGGACGUCUAGCGCCGUCAAUGGCAUUGAAUGAGUUAAGUAUGCGAGUAAGUACACAGCUAUGUAGCUGUAAGUGUGCUCCCUCUAGUGGUACUUCAAAAGUUUGAAAAACAAACAGCUGGUAAAUGAAAUGCACUUUUUUGUUUAACCACUAGAGGGAGGCUGUUAACAACUAGUGGUGCAAUGAAAAAAAUUAGUCAUGCUUUUGUGAAGUCAUAUCAUGAGAUUUUUUGGAAAAAGCUGAUUUUUGCAAGCAGUGAAAUUCGAUUCAUGUAGCCAGGCUCAAAAUUUAUUAUUUUUUAAAUAGUGAAGAUGGAAAUUACUUCCACUCAAAAAAAAAUCUUACCAAUUGAAAAUGUAACGUCUGAAAGUCUGCAAAUGUAAUUUAUUGUGUGUAUGUGGAGUGUCUUUUAGGUAAAUAAAUGUUUAAUUUCACA